AAUGACGCAGUGACCAAACAGGCUAAAAACAUUACACCUACUUUAAAAGUUUAGAUGAAAAUCUCCACUCAGUCAAGUCUGGACGUCACAUUACAAUGAUGGGCUGGAGACAUAUCAUCUGUGUGUUGUGUGUGUGUGUGAGUGUGUGUUUCUGUGAGUCAUCACUGUCUGGGAAGGUGCAUUCCCCCCUGUACCCCAAAGCCUACCCAAGCGAUCUGUUUGUACAAUGGAAGCUGGAGGUACCGAAAGGCUACCGUAUUCAGCUGACAUUCAUCCACUUCGAUGUGGAACCUUCGAAUAACUGCUGCAAUGAUUCAGUCAUGGUUCUAUAUGGUCAGAAAAUUCUUGGAAAGUACUGUGGCCAGGAUAAUUCUGCCAAUGGCCAAGACCCAGGCAAAGAACCCAUCUUAUCUCCUGGCAACCACCUUCAGCUAGUUUUUCAGACAGAUGGUUCAAACGCAGGCUCUCAGCAGCACCUGGGUUUUUCUGCUUUCUACCAGGCCGUAGAUGUGGAUGAGUGCUCCUCUCCCAACCCAGAAGGUGGGAGUGGUCCUCUCUGCUCCCAAAUUUGCCUCAACACCAUAGGCUCCUAUUUUUGUGAUUGUAACCAUGGCUACCAACUGCAGCCCGACCAACGCACCUGUCUGUCGGCCAUUGACUGUGAUGAGCCCAAACUGCUACCAAAUGGGGGUUUUCGGUUUCUCUCCGACUCUCAGAACCAUUCUGUGAUUCAGUACCACUGCAAUGAACCGUACUAUGCCUUUCCUGGUGCACAGAACAUUAGUUAUACCUGUGCUGCAGAUGGGAAGAGGACAGUAAAUGAUCACAAUGACAUCAUCAUCCCUCCGUGCCUUCCAGUGUGUGGGAAUCCCAGUGGAAUCCCAGGCAGUCGUCAGAGGGUGUUGGGAGGUAAGAACGCUCCAGCAGGAACAUUCCCUUGGCAAGUCCUCCUGAGCGUUACUGGGCGUGGAGGUGCCAUAGUUAUCGGUGAACAAUGGAUCAUGACUGCAGCCAAUAACCUUGUGUCUGGAAGUGGAGUCACACCAAAGGAAAGUGUGAGGUUGUAUGUUGGACACAAUGAUGUAAAAGAACGGAUAAACAAUCCUCCUCUUGAAAUCGCAUCUAUACAUAUUCACCCCCAAUAUCAAGGCAACAACAACUUCGAUAACGACAUUGCCUUGAUUAAGCUUGCAAGACCUCUUACUUUCAACUCUGAAGUUCAGCCCUUGUGUCUACCACCAGAGGGCGCCAAAUAUGAACGCAGCGGGUGGGUGUCAGGCUUCGGGUACACAGAGGAAAUGAGCAUCUCUAAUGAGCUCAGAUACAUAGUGCUCCCCCUAGUGGAUCAGACAGAAUGCCGCAACUCCUUCGAAAGACUGAAGCAACAGAAAAUAGAGGUCAUGCCCUUCACUGACAACAUGUUCUGCGCUGGUUUAACUGAAGGUGGAGCGGACACAUGCAGUGGUGACACUGGCUCAGCUUUUGUGUUAAAAGACAGAGAAAGUGACCGGUAUUGGGUUGCUGGUAUCGUUAGCUGGGGAAUCCAGUGUGGUGAAAAAGGCAGAUACGGUGUAUACACCCGCGUCAGCCGUUAUGUGGAGUGGAUAAACAAGAUCAUGAGAGAUAAUUAGCAACCUGCAUUAAGGGGUCAUUAAAAGUCCUGUAACAUCUGAAUCUCUUUAAAGAGAACAAUGCCUCCACGCAACACUAUGAAUUACAUUAAAAAAUAAAAUACAAUAUUCCCUCCUUUUGCUCUCACUCUCAUUAUACUCUCUCCCUUCUAAGUGCACAUAGUGACUGAUUAUAAUGGCUCACCUCCAACCAUAUACACAAGUCGAACUCUCUUGUUCUUCCCCUCUGCACUUCUUCACUGGCGUCACAAAAGUGUUGCAUGUUGCAAGAGUGCACAAACAAAGCUUUUGAACAGACCGUCAUUGACUGUUCUAUACAGUGGCAUCUGAGUGAUUUCUAUCUCAUUGGUUUUAAAAGAUGUAAGAACGACAUGUGAUUGGAAACCUGUGUCUGUUGAAUGUUACGGGCAUGAGCACCUGAUACACGAACCUUACGAGAGAUGGUGUCACUCCUUUGGUUUGUGUGACCCAUCCCACAGAGAAACGUUUCUGUGUUGUCCACACUUGAAUGGAGGAAAAAAAGAUGGCUUUUCUGAUGUUGAAUUAUGGGCUGUUAACUAUGCAGCUUUGUCCUUCCAAGAUAAAGUGCCGAUUGGGGAUAGUAUUGAAACGUGGUCAAUGUUAUGCAAAAUAAAACACAAUUUCAAUUUG